AUGGCAGUAGUUGAGGAAGGGGCGGCCGUUGAACUGCUUGUCGCAGCCGGGGUUUUUGGUCCCGCAGAGGGCUUUGAUGAGGGUGAGGACGACGAUGUAUUGUUGGAAGAGCCCUUUGCCGUAGCGCUGUGUGCCCGGAACGCUACCAACAGAUUUGCUAGAAAGGGUCUGUUGGUGGGCAUGGCUCCUUUUCUCGACUAUCUGACUUCUACCCUUCCUUCCUUCCCAGCUCCCGGCGGAUUUUUUUUUUUUUCCUUCCUACUUAAAUGUCCAGAAAUACACCCCGUUCGCCCGAUGUCGUUUUCGGUUGUGUUAUGGAUCCUGAGAAAGUGGUAUCAGUUCCGGGAGUGCGUUCAGGAAACGAAAGAUGCCGAGUUGCGAAGGCAAGGUAGGUGUGUGGGGGAGGGGUUACGGUGCCGGUAGCGAGAGAGAGGAAGGCGGAGGAGCAGAGUAUGUAGUCUAGCGCGGCUGUUGUCUAGACGAGGAUCGGGGGAAAACGGGAUAUCGGAAGGUUUAGAUUCGUUCAGAUUGUGACCGGAGAGAUGAAACAGUCGCGACGUGGAGCCGACGGACACUUCAGGAAUCCGAUAUCGACCUCCAGGGGAAUAGGAUAGCGCAGAUACCGGUAAGGCAGAAUAUGGUAGACUGGAAAAGGUAUAAAUUUGGAGUGGAAAGGGAGUGA